AUGGCUUCAUUAAAUACAUCAUACGAUGAUAUUCAGCAUGAAAAACCUUACUCGGAACAUCUAAAUGGCGGAGCAAAUUUAUCACGUCAAAUUACCCUUCAGCUAAACUCGGAUCAGUAUGAACGACUAUUCUUCCAACCCACAUCCGCCAAGGGAGAUCUUGCAAAACGUCUUGGAAACCCAACCCUCCUCGGCCUCCUAGGCUUUCUCGUCCCCUUCACCUCCACCGUCUUCUCCCUCCUCCAUUUCCAAGGAUCCUCUCCCCAAUCACUUGUCUCCAUCUCAGGAUCCUUCUACACAUUCGGCGGCAUCGCUCUGGUCAUCGCCGGCAUCUGUGAAUUCAUCCUCGGCAACACCUUUCCCUUUACCGUCUUCAUCGUCUUCGGCGUUCACUGGGUAUACAACGGUUUCGUCAAUGAUCCUUUACAUAAUAUCGUCGGUUCUUAUGCUACGACUCUAAAUGGUGAAACGGUACCUGGAGCCUUGAGUCAGGAAUUUAAUGCCGGGCAGGGCAACUAUUCAGUCGUCAUGGCGUUGAUUUGUUUUGUGUUUUUCUGUGCCAGUCUGAGGACUAAUGUUCCUUUUGUGAUGAUCUUCUUGACAUUGAUUUUUGUAUUUGGCUUUUUGGCCGCGGGAUAUUAUUCUUUGGGUUUUAAUCCCACCGUGGCGGGAGUGGAACAUGCGACGUAUCAUUUUAAGAUCGCGGGGGGUUUUGGAUUCGUCACGAUGAUUAUGGGAUGGUAUUUGGCAAUCAUCACAUCUUGUGCUUCGACGGGUGUCCCAUGUCCACUACCGGUAUUUGAUUUGAGCUCGAGAGUCUUUACUCAUAAUAAGGAGGCGGCGAAGACGGAACAUGCGGGUGCUGUGAGAUCGGAUCAAGUUUAG